AGGAGGGUGAUAUUAAACGAGCUUGGGUGUCUUAGAAUGGGAGGUUUUGUAAUUCAGUGAUAGGAAGAGAGUUUGGGUGUCUUAGUGGCAGACGCCACUGCAUCCGGUCUGUUGACGAGUGUUGGGCGUGUCAUUAGAUGCCCAGCGUAUUGGCCGCCGCCGCUCCACUCCGUCCCGCACUGCACAAGGGUCCCACUCCUAGGACGUCACACAUGUUUGUAAUGCCAUCUCAUCACCAGUUAAGACUGUCAAGUGAGGUGUGAUGUCAUUUGAUACCAGUUAUUCUAUUGAAAGCAGUUAUUGGAAGCUUGAACUAGAUUCAUGUAUCAACAUCUAAUGAAAAGAAACUGGAAAGCCACAUAGACACCUUACCACCAUCCAUGCAGUUCAGAAAUGUACAGGGAGAACCAAUAUAUGUGACCGUUAGACUGAAUCAGCAAACCAACAAGCGUGCAAUUGAGGUCAAUGUGAGUGGUGGGCGCAUACAACUCCUGCCAUGGGUUGGUUACACAACCAUCUUGACAGUAGUGGCCUUUGUCAUACAGUUUCACACGCUACACCUGGGAUGGCUUUUCACAGCUGUUUUCAUGCAACUUGCAACAUUAAUGUACAGAAUUCAUGGAAAAAUAGUUUCAGAGACACUGCUGGUUGUUGCUGGCCUAGGCAUACAAACAACAGCAACAUUUUACAUGGGCAAAAGGCACACGCGCUUCAUUCCUUGGGGAAGUGUAAUUGACAUUCUUCUUGCAGAAACUAUAUCCAUGCAACGUGUGUUAUUUUACAUGGCCCUCCUCGUUAAAGCAGAGACUACAGUACAAAACAGAGAGUUGAUUCCUUUGUUUUUAAACACUUGGCCCCGUCUGGCAUGUCUACAGUACACUUACUCUGCCUGUCAAGACAUCUUGAAUCCCAGUCUUCCUAUAAGCAAAAGAUAAUGGAUGGGUUGUAAUAGUUAUUGAAUUUUAACUUUAAAUGAGUCCUUUUUUAUUUAAUUUAAAGAUUAUAUAAAUGUAUAUAAUAAUGCAAAUAAACUGUUCUUUU